GUGUUUGGUGAACAAGUUAUCGAUCAGUGGCCUCCGCGUUCCCCAGACUUAAACCCGUGCGAUUUUUACCUGUGGGGCAUGCUGAAAAACAAAGUUUACGUAAACAAUCCGUCUCAUAAAUUGUAGACCCGGUACAAGGGAAGUAGGUCUACUAGCAAGCAUGAAACAUCAGUUCUUGUAAAAUUUAAAUACACACCAUUCAGUUACGUCCAAAUGUUUCAUUAAAGAUCGGUAACAAUAGCUUGAGUGUCUGUGUUAAAGUUCACCUUUGAAAAGGUUGUAUUAAUUUAGUGUCGUUACAUGUUCUUUGAACAUGUGCAUGAAAUAAACACAUACAGGGCCAACCAUGUCUGUCUGUCCAUCCCUAUAUCUACAUGAUUCAAGUGAAGAACAGUAGCAUGGACUUUGAUAAAAUUUGGUGUGAAAGUUAUGUUACUGGAGGCUAUCCAAAAUGAUACCAAUUAAUUUCCUACAAUUGGUAAUACCAACAUAACAAAUGGACAUAUUUAUGAGGUUAGAAUGACAUUACUGCCACUUACUAUUCGGUCAUACAACAAUGUAUGGUAAUAGGUCUUUGAGAAUAUGCAAGGACACCAACCUGCAGAUAUGGACCCAUGCUUGAAGGAUCUCCUGAAGGAACUAAUGUGUCCAAUCUGUCUAGAGUAUAUUAGGCCACCCAUUCCCAUGUGUGAAAAUGGCCACAGCGUAUGCAAGACCUGCAGGCAGAAGCUCCUGAAUUGCCCAGUCUGCAGAGGCAUGUUCUCAUAUAAGAGGUGUUUUCUUCUUGAGAACAUGACCAAGAAAAUGAAGUACCCGUGUAAAUAUUACAACCGAGGAUGUCCCAGGGCAUUUUACCUACAGCAUAUUGAGGAGCACGAAGACCAGUGUCAACAUCAGCCAUCUAAAUGCCCAUUUUCAUUUGUCGGUAAGGCGAGCUGCACCUGGGAGGGCAGCAUGACUGAUAUCAGACAGCACAUGGAGAAUAAGCACAUGGGACCAAGCAACCAAUCAAAUGCAACUGGGAGUAAUAAUGGACAAUUUCUGUGUGAAGAAAUCAAAACUACAGGGGAAUGGUACACACCAAUAUUCAGAAUGGGUGAAAUUUUCUUUUUAUUAUCCAAAAUCAUAAACAACAAUUUGUAUGUUAGUAUUCUGCAGGUGGCACUAAAGAGGGGGGCACCUAAUUACUCCUACAAGGUCACAAUGAAGCCGCAGGAUGGGUCAAAGAAUGUGUCAUUAUGCAGAGCCAUUAAACCAUAUUUAAGUUACUUUAACACAUCUCCCACAAAACAUAAUUCUGCCAUUUUUCAAGAAGACUGCUGGAAGAAGUGUAUUGAUGCACAAAACCGUCUUGUAUAUAGAAUAGAAAUAUUCACCCUAUAACGAUGCACCAUUGCUGUCAUUACGACUGCAUCGUAUUAUGCCACAAUUGUAUAUACAGGUGAGUCAAAAGUAUGUUUACAAACUUUGUGGUUAUGUUCCUGGAUCAAAAAUAAGAAAAAAAAAUUCUAUGAACAUGGGGUCACAAAUGCUUCUUUUUCGAAAUAAUAGCCAAAAAUAAUU